GCCCAGCAGAUUGGGCUGCAGCUCUGCUGGACCAUGACCAGGAAGACGAGCUGCUCCAGCAGACGUCUCCCACCGCAGGGCGAGAGUGUCCACACAGCAGAGCAGAGCAGAGCACAGCAAGGAAGAGAGGAGAUGCUGACUCAGCUGGUUCUGGGAUGGACUGCCUUGCUCAGCGGCCUCCACCCGGCUGCUCCCUCCAUCACCACCAGAUUUCCACCGAGCAGUCGGUCGGCUCGGAGAUGUGACGUCUUCAUCCCUCCUCCUCUUCCGCCCCCGAUGUUUCCUCCAAUUAAACGGAAAGCAGAGCUGAUGGUUGAUAUAACAGAACACAUCACAGGACCUAAAGGAGAAAAGGGCUGCAGAGGACCCAGAGGACCCAAGGGUCGACCCGGUGUGAUGGGUCCAGAGGGAGAACCAGGACCGCAAGGAUCCAUGGGACAGCCAGGUCAAAAGGGAGAGAAGGGCAACAGAGGCUGGAGGGGUCUGUACGGAGACAUAGGAACUCCUGGGAUGAUAAAGGGCAGUAAGGGGCGUAAAGGAUUCAUGGGUGAUAAAGGUGUGAAAGGAAACAGAGGAGCCAGUGGAGAGAUGGGUGAGCGUGGCGUCCCUGGAGAGCCAGGAGAGAAGGGCCACCCAGGUCUGUGGGGCGAUCCAGGCCAGAGGGGUGAGCAGGGACCCAGAGGAGAUCCAGGAAGCAGAGGAAGCAUGGGGUUGAAGGGAUCUCGUGGACCCCCAGGGAAGCUGGGUCGUCCCGGUCCAGCGGGACUGCCCGGUCUGACUGGAGACCCUGGACUACCUGGACAAGUGUACGUCUUACCAGGCCCGCAGGGAGACACGGGAAGCCGAGGUCCUUCAGCCGAAUGCCACUGUUCACAGGUUCAAACCCCAGAGCGACUGUUGGACAGAGUCCAGGCGGUGUUUAUUGCAGAUGGAGAGAGACAGAUGAGGAGGCUGCGGGGGGAGAACGUGAUGGUGCUGCGGACGGACAGACAGGCUCUGUACAUCUACUCUGAUUCCCAGUGGAUCAACGUCCUGGAUGACCGCAGACACUGAACACACUCCAUCCAACACACACUAGCAUCACCACCACUGAAGUGCCCUCGAGCAAGACACUCCAUCUGACCUGAUCCAGUCGCUCAGUGGCCAAACAGCUCAGAUUGUGAGCAGCUUCCAGGUGUGACUGUGUGUAACUGUGUUCCUGAAAACAUGCUUUAUUCUACUUUAUUGUAAUAACAUAUUUCAGCAUUUCUGCUAAUAUGAUUUAUAAAUGCAUGUGCACUGUUUGGGCAUUUUAUUACAUUUAAACACUCCUUACCCACAGUGUUCCUCUUUGUUUUUAUUUUUCCUCAUGUGAAUAGUUUUAUAUCAUGAAUGUAGAAAAAACGUAUUUAUUUUAGGUGUAUGCUGCUGCAGUGAUCCAGCUCCUACAAAGAGAUCAAUAAAAAUCAGAUUACUG